AUGCAGCCCGGGGCCCGGCUCCUCCCUGUGGGGCUGCUUGCUCUCUGGGCUCAGCGGACACCCCUCUCCGCUCAGGAUCACCCAGACGUUUGCCGCCUCCCGCGGGAUCCUGGACCGUGCAAGGCCUUCCGGACCCGGACCUUCUAUAACGUGACCUCCAAGGCAUGCGAGCGGUUCCAGUAUGGAGGGUGCGGGGGGAAUAAGAACAAUUUUGUCAACCCGGAGCUCUGCCUGCGCACCUGCCAAAGGCCUGGAGGAGAGAAGCCCGGGUCGUGCCCCGUGUUCCCGGCGUACGUGAGGGAGCCUUGCGAGAAGCUCUGCAAACACGACCAGGACUGCCUGGGGGCCCUCAAGUGCUGCUCCAUGAUGUGCUCCAUGGUCUGCCUGCGCCCCUUCCCAGACGAGCCGCAGCCCUGAUGCAGCGGCAGGAAGCACCCAGCUGGAGCGGCUUGUGCACCCGAUCGCCGACCGGACCCAGGGCAGAGGGCCACGGAGGAGGCCGGCUUGCUCCCGAACGCGCCAGCC